AAGCAGGAAGGACCACGGCCGACGCUUGUGGUGUGCCCGCCCUCAGUGUUCUCGUCUUGGGUGACACAAUUGGAGGAGCACAUAGAACUAGGCAGCUUGAAAGUGUAUAUGUACCAUGGCGAGUGGACAAGAGAUAAGAAGGAGCUGCUGAAGUAUGAUCUCGUUCUUACCAGUUACAGCAUCUUGGGGACAGAAUUUGAGCAGGACUCACCAGUGAAUCAGAUUGAGUGGUUCCGAGUCAUUCUGGAUGAAGCCCAUGUGAUCAAGAAUUCUACUGCACGGCAGACGAAGGCAGUGAUUGCUUUGAAUGCAGAGAGGCGAUGGGUGGUCACUGGGACGCUGAUUCAGAACAGCUCAAUCGAUUUAUACCCCCUCAUGGCAUUUUUGAGGUUCCAGCCAUUUUCAAUCAAGAGCUACUGGCAGAGCUUGAUCCAGCACCCCUUAGAGAAUGGGAAUAAGACUGGGUUGUCACUGUUGCAAAACCUCCUAGGUGCCAUCUCCCUGCGCAGAAUCAAAGAUACAGACAUUGGAACCAAGAGCAUGAUUAAGCUUCCCCCUAAAACUGUUUUAGAAUGCUAUAUUGAUCUUUCUGCAGAGGAGCGUGAGAUAUAUGAUCAGAUGGAAUUGGAAGGGAAAAAUAAAAUGCAGGAACUUGGUGACAGAGAUUCAAUUUUGCGUAAUUAUUCAACUGUGCUUUAUUUCAUUCUGAGGCUCUGCCAGCUGUGUGACGAUGUCACAUUGUGUCCUUUAGAUGUGAAAUCAUGGCUUCCCUCCAACUCCCUCGAAGAUGUGUCUACAAACCCAGAGCUGCUGAAGAAACUGGCCUCAUUGGUUGAUGAUGGAGAUGACUUUGACUGUCCAAUUUGCCUCUCGCCACCUACUAAAACUGUCAUAACCAGCUGCACUCACAUAUACUGCCAUACCUGUAUUAUGAAAAUCCUCAAGAGUUCCAGUUCGCGUUGCCCCAUAUGCCGUCGCUCCUUAUCUAAAGAGGACCUCUUCCUUGCUCCAGAGGUAAAUCAUUCCGAUGAAGAUGGAUCAGGCAACACUAGGUCUGACAGGUCCCUCUCUUCCAAGGUUCAAGCUCUACUGAAGCUGCCGAAGACUUCACAGAAUGAAGACCCCUCGUCGAAGUCUGUUGUUUUCUCUCAGUUCAAGCAGAUGUUGAUAUUGCUGGAAGCGCCCCUAAAAAAUGCAGGCUUCAACAUUCUGCGGCUUGAUGGGUCAAUGACCAUGAAGAAGAGGCUGCAAGUCAUAAAGCAGUUCGCUCAUGGUGGCCCUGACACUCCAACCGUGCUGCUGGCCAGCCUGAAAGCCUCGGGAGCCGGCGUGAACCUGAUGGCUGCCUCGACGGUGUACCUCUUCGACCCCUGGUGGAACCCUGGGGUGGAGGAGCAGGCCAUGGACAGAGUGCACUGGAUCGGGCAGAAGAAAGAAGUGAAGGUGAUACGGCUCAUCGUGAAGGGCAGCAUCGAGGAGAGGAUACUGUCGUUGCAGGAGAAGAAGCAGCAGCUGAUCAGCAGCGCGUUCGGGAAGAAGAAGAAGGGUGGCAAGGAUGACAAGGAGAUGCGUCUGGAAGAGCUCCGGGUGAUGCGGGGCCUAGAUAAGGGAAGGCCGGUUGCUGGUUGCCGCCCUUCCGAAGCUUGUCAUAUAUAGUGGUGCUAGCUCUAGGGAUGGAAGUAGCUAGUGGGUGGAGCAGAGAGCAAGGAGAGGCUUGUUCGAGUGCUCCUGCCUAGCAGUGGGAGCAUCUGAUGUUAGAAGAGCUCCCUUUUAAUAUUUCAGCUUUUGAUUGAAGUGUAGACACAGGACAGGAACAAAUUCCUGCGUGUGUGCAUGCAUGUAUGGCCCUGAUGCUCAACAUUAGCGAUAAGAUCAAUGCUAAAAUGGACUUGUGGUUUGUGGUUUUUAA